UUAGGCUUUAAUCUUACGAAGUGGAAAUCCUCGUUCUCACGGAAAGCAUGAUAUAGGAGCAACAUUUGUGCUAAGUGCAAACCACGCCAGAAUUUCAUUAUUUCCAUUAACACCCGAUUCUGCUUAAAUUGGCACACCACCAAUUUUCGUGGGAACCCGAACCAAUAAAACAAAAAAAGAGUCCAAUUUUGUGAAAAUUAUUACCAUUCAUUCUUAUUCAUCAACGUCCCCCCUUCUGUGCCCACUUCCAAAUCUUCUCCUCUCGCUAUGGGUUGUGGCUCCUCCCUUCCAGAUAGGGAUUCAAGGCAGUUGGGUCGACCCAAUUCCGAGAAUGGUGGAGGGCAGGACGCCAAGAAUCUAAGGGUCAAGCUUGUUCUCUUAGGUGAUUCUGGUGUUGGCAAAAGCUGUAUUGUUCUACGAUUUGUUCGUGGUCAGUUUGAUCCAACAUCUAAGGUAACUGUUGGAGCUUCUUUUUUGUCACAAACAAUAGCUCUGCAAGACUCUACAACAGUCAAGUUUGAAAUAUGGGAUACUGCUGGUCAAGAGAGGUACGCUGCGUUAGCACCACUCUAUUACCGUGGUGCAGCAGUUGCAGUUAUUGUUUAUGAUAUAACAAGCCCAGAAUCUUUCAGCAAAGCACAGUACUGGGUUAAGGAGCUACAAAAACAUGGAAGCCCUGAUAUAGUGAUGGCACUGGUCGGUAAUAAAGCUGAUCUUCUCGAGAAGCGGGAAGUUGCUGUCCAGGAUGGCACUGACUAUGCAGAGAAGAAUGAUAUGUUUUUCAUAGAGACAUCUGCAAAGACAGCAGAUAAUAUAAAUGAACUGUUUGAGGACAUUGUUGACUAUGCUACUAGCAAACUUCCCCAUGAUGUUCUUGCUGCCUGAAGAUAGUUGUAGCAAACUCAUAUAGACCUAUUGGAGGGGCUAAAGAUGAUCUUGGAAUAGGAACAAAAAUCCAAGAUUGCAUCUUUUCUAACAAAGGUAAGAGAAACCGAAAUGGCCAGGGCUACAUUUUAAGGUUAUGCAAGAUUGCUACUUCUAGAGAAGUUCAUCAAGCAUGCUGGAAAGCAGCAGCUGCUAGGAAAUUGCCAAAAGAUUGCCUCGCCCAUCAGUUAGUUGAUGUAGCCAGAUAGCAGAUCAGGAAGGGAUCUGCAUUAGCUUUGGAUCCUUCAAAACUAUAUAGUGUAUGGAUUGUGUUUUAUGUAAAUUGUGAUUAGAUAUUUAUGUGGUCUUUUUUUAUCAACCUGUAAUAAUAAUAUCAUGUAGACCAUGUCACAUAGAUGAUACAUAUUAGGCUAUGCUUUGUGAGACCCACAAAUACGAGUCGUGUCUGUUAUGAUUUCAUAACCCUUGACUUGUCUCUUAUUGAUUGGUAUGCCUAAUUAAGGCUAUAAUAUCAAUGAUGCCAAGUGAGACACCCAUGCAUUUGAAUUUGGUUGUUGUAGACCAUGCUUUGUGAGACCCACUAAUCAACGCUAAAUUGAACAUAUUUGGAUGUUGGUGAUUGUAUAAAAUUUACAUUGCGUCUUAGGCGGACU